GCUCAUUUGAAUUUGAAUGAAUUCAAAUUCGUCUUUUAACUAUGGUGAAGCAAAAUGGUACCACUCUUUCCAACAAUAACAACAGAAGAUGGCUCAUCAAAUAAUCAGAAGCCAAUUUCCAUCCAGAGGCUGGUUCCUCAACAGACAACUGCUACACAUCAGUUCAAGCACCUGCCGGCCGGGCGGCUGCAGUCGGCCGUGGCGCGGGCGGCUGCCGACCUGCAGCUGGAGCAGACCACCCGCUCGCUGCUGCAGGCACUCAACCUCCAGCAGACGCAGCCGACGAGCGGCAGCGCUGAGCGGCGGCAGCGGCGGCCCGGCCCCAGCCGUGCCGAGCUCGAUCAAACAGCGCACAGCGACUCAGAAGUGUCGAGCAUUUCGCACAGACGCGACAAUGAAGCCUGCGACUCGGUCCAGCACAUCCCCACGGCUACAACGCUGCUUAGCGAACAAGCCACCCAGACGCAGUGCUCGGCAGAGGCCGGCCGGCCGGGCGGCGGCCAGCUGCCGUCGCUGCACCUGCUGCGCACACUGCGCGGCCGACUGGUCAGCGCCCUCCAGCAGGUGGGCCAGCUGCGCGCGCAGGCGCCCUGGCAGAGUCGCGUGCUCGACCAGCUCGACUGGGACCGCAAGGUGGCCAGAAUGGACGAGUUCCACGCCAAAAUCACCCGAGAGAUGUACAUCCUGACGAGACAGGUGGACCUGAUCAUGGAUAAUGUCUGCAGCAUCCCGCGCACACGGGUGACGUCAUCACUAAAGGGUGACGUCAUCAGGAAGCUGGUGCGCGCGCACCGAUCCGCCCUACGAGUGACGCAGGCGUUCGCGCAGAACUACUGGGACGGCUCUCUGGACGGCCGUCAGGCGGGCCGGUUUCUGCAGCUGCUCUCUGUGUGUCGCAGUCUGACCGACGUCUGCCAGCACCUGGACCUCGAGUCGGCAGAGAUCGCCGACCUGCCAGAGCGGCUGGCGGCCAUGGUUCGUCAGCACGUCACCACGGCCGGGGACGUGGGCUCGCUGAUCCGGGAGAUGGCGCUGGGCCGGUUUGGCCCGGCGGCGGCCGAGGCAGCGGCCACGGUCAGCGCGCGGAGCGGCGGGCGGGCCCGGCCGACGGGGACGGCGCGGAGCCGCGGCCACCCGGCCGGACGACAGCCGCCGCACAGGGUCAAGUCGACCAUUGACCGGCUGCGCUCGGGUCGGCCCGGUGAGAAGCUAUCGGUGCGCAGCGCACCCACUGUCCGUCGGCCGGCCGGCCGACCUAGAGCCGCCCGGCCCGGCUCGGCCCCGCACGCCGUGAACAAGGCCCGGGCGGGCGGUGAGCGUGCUCCGCUGCCGCCGCUGCCGGAGGAGGGUGACGCCUCCAGCUCUGACGAGGACCCGUGGAGCCGCGCCGGUCCCGGACCGGCCGACUGGUCGGCGCCUGAUCGGCCGCCGGACGUGCUGACGGCCACUGUAGAACAGGCCGUGCGCCGGGCUCUCUCCGAGGUCGCCGCCGCUCCGGGGCUGCCGGGGGAGACGGCCGCGCAGCUCCACAGACGGGGGGACAGGGGAGGCACCGAGAGCGGGACCGAACGCCUGACGGACCGGAGAGACGCGGGGGAUAGAGAGCAGGGUGCCGGGGAGGCCGGCGGGCGGGUCGGGCCGGUCGCUGGCGGCGGGGACAGCCCGGACGGACCGCCGGACUCUCAGCAGCAGGCCGCGGAGGGCCGCGGCCCGGCCGGUAACAGUACCAGCGGGGACCGGCCGGCGCGACGGCGGAGCAGCGUCAAACAGCAGACAAAGCGUGAGGCGGAGAGGUCUCGGCGCCAACUGCGUCACGUGCUGGCCCGGCUGGAGGAGCUACAGCGACAGAGAGCCGUCAUCCGCCGGCGCUGGGCGCCGCUGCUGCUGGCCAGGUCACGCAGUGAGGAGGACGCUAUUUAUCUGGAUAUGGACCCGGACCUGGACUCGGCUGAACUCGACCUGACCGCCGCACAGGUCACUGGCGGUGGCACCGGCCGACAGGGGACGCAUCCCGGGGUCGAGCUGACAGCCGCGCAGGACACCGGCCGGCAGGGGACGCGGGCCGACGCCGCCACAUCCACCUCGACCCUGGCCGUGCCGCCGGAGCCGGGGCCGGGUGCGGGGCUGGGCGCCGACCAGCGCCGCUGCGUCCGGGACGUGUUCGCGGCGGAGGCUCUGGACCCGCGGCUGCGCACCGACCUGACCGAGCAGCUCCGUGGGCUGCUGGGCAGCUGCGACGACAGCGCCGUCAGCAGCCUGCCCCAGGAGCUGGUGAACCAGUUGGUGGACGAGUUCAUCUCGGAGGCCGGCGUGGACAUCUUCCUCCAGCAGCUCUUCAACCAGGAGUUUGAGCUGCGCUAGCGCCACUCGGGGAACCCGGUGAUAGUGUGUAGUUGUACGAAUCGCGACCUCUCAUCGAACGAACACUGCCAGCUUCAUACCUCAACCGUUAUAAUAUAUUGUGAGCGUUCA